AUGUUCAGCCUUCAGAAUGUUUCCUUCGCAAGUGUUGUUAAUUACAUGCAUGAUGUCAGCUAUUAUACUUCAGUAUUCAGAAGGAUAUAGUUCUUGCCAGGAGAUAUACCAGUCGAACAAUCGGAAUCCGAGUGGUGAAUAUACAGUUUAUCAUAGUAAUAAAUCAAUCAGAGUUUACUGUUCUUUCGAAGAAAGCUGGGGAUAUACGUAUAUUUCAAAGGCGUCAUAUGGAACAGCAGUUAUUAUGUCAAAGUUGUACUCGACCAGAAAGUUUGCCAAAACACGUAUCCGAUGGAGUAGUGGUAUACAGAAAGAGGUUUCCGUAGAAAACUUGUUAUCAUAUCAAAACUCGUCCACCCUUUAUUUCGGAUAUAACAGUUUUACGAGUUACAAAGGGCCACGGAGAAGCACUCUAAACAUUAUGUCACCAUACAUUUUUCUUGGAUUCUUACCGUUGAGUUUAGCCACAAAUAACAAUACACAAGGAUACCGUACUGCUGGAGUAGACUACACGUUUAAAAAUUGUGACAGAAAUCCAAACAGUUAUAUAACGUUCUAUUACAAUCCGAAUAAUGCAAACCCUGGCAGAAAAGGUAGUUCCAACACUUUCAUGAAGGGAUGGAUAGAUCGUUCAUCCUCGUUAACAUCCAGUAAAAACAUGGGUGCUGACUUUUAUUUUGAUUGGGAGAUGCAAAUGGGAGGUUGUGGUGGCUUCAUGACAUCGCAAGCUGUAUCCAAUAUUGGGGCAGCAUUGGGUUUACCUUUUGCGAUAUCUCCUUGUGACGGGGUCAACUGUCAAAAUGGCGGGAAUUGUGUUUCAUCCGAAUCAACAUACACGUGCAGCUGUGUCAAUAACUACCAUGGGGACAGAUGUCAAAAUCAUCCAGAAAACUCCACCGGGUAUUUCAACAGUUGCCAAGAACCCGAUAAGAGAGUUGUACUUUUAAGUCUUGGUAUUUUCUCCUCAGAGAAGUUACCUUGUGCUGUGAUGUGUGCACAACUAAACACUUGUGUAGUUUUUAAAUACCACAACCAGGAUAAAAGAUGUGAGCUCCUUACCUUUGGGACGGACCUUCUAAUAGAUGAUCCAAAACCUACUGAAGCCGGGUGGAUAUACUACACCGAAAGUUACGCUGGAAAAAAAACAUGUGACGGAUGUUUCUUUUGUCAUUAGCAUGUAUGUCACUACUGAAGACAGAAGUAUUAUGUUUUAUUAGAACUUCAUUACUCGUAUAAAUUGUAGAAAAAAACAAUUAAUAUCGAACAGUAAGGCAUGUUUAGAACUGUUGAUUACGUUUUAUUUGAAUGACAUAGGAUAUAAACAGAC